CUGAAAACGGAGAUAUCCGCCGGAGGAAAAGGCAGAAAAAGUGGAGAAUACGUGAUGUGCAUGGAGCCUGGCGUCGCAGCGAGCUGCCGAAGCCCCGUGAUCACCUCCGUGUCUGGGAUGUACAUAACGCCUGAAUGACGUCGGCGGUUCUUGGGACGAGAGGCCGAGCAACUCCAGAACGCGGCCAAAUGCGUGUAGAAUCGCAAGGGCAAAAGAAGUUUGGUUGCGGUCUUGCCACGAAAAGAGAUUGCGUCUCAUUUGCACGGGAAAAGGCCCCAAACGGGGAACCGCACGUGAACGCCCGCCUGCGAGUCAAGAGAGUUUAGGGUCUACGCAGCAGCAGCUAUCGCUCAAGCGGAGACGACAUACGGGACAGUUUCUGAAUGUAUUUUGUCGAGAUUUCUUCCUCAACGACAGAAGCUUCUUGCCCCUUUCAUCGUUCUGCCGUUCAGGACGACCGAUUGGACUGUCUACAACGGGUGUUACCUUGUCGCCGCCGCGGCGGCACAGCACAAAGUCUUUUUGCUAGGUUGUUCCAGCUGUCUUCAUUUGCCGACUUUUUCUCAUGUGUCUUUGUUGGUCUGCACAAUUUCGCUCUGCUCGUCCCUCCAGUUACGCACGUCUUAGGUCGGGGCGGCUUGCACUUUCCUCUCCGUUGAAAAACAAUUUCUCUGUUUCUCUCUCGUGCUUCUCUAGAUCUGCUGCAUGUGCGACCGCCACGUGAGCAACUCUCCAGGUCUCUCCCUCGCAUUAUUUCACACUGCUGUUUAGGCGUCGACGUGGACGUGAAAGGGAUCCUCACCUCUUCAAAAUCGAUUUUUGCAGGUUUCCUCGGCAGUCGAGAAACGCGCAGAUGAACACACACAACUCCAUGGGUGUGUAUUCAAGUGUUGCCGAUAGAUAAUCAGUUUGGAGUUGAACACUACCGAGCUGUCGAGGCAGAAGUGACAGACACAGUGUUGGGUGCCUUGCCUCGAAGCGUCCCCGUCCUCUACCUCGUACAAAGCGGACUCCGCCAGAAGAAGCAGAGAGCAGUGGGCUGCCAAGGGUGGUCGCCAGGGAAGCACAGCCUGAGGAACGGAGAAGACAGGAGGCUGAGGGAGGAACAUAGCGGCGAAAAUGAAGGGUACUCACCACCGGUUUCAGCCCGGAAAAGCCUUGCCCGGAACGCGCUUGGUCGCUGCAACUUCUCGUGAGGACCCAGAAGGUGUUCCAGCAGCGCGUAAAUCUGACGGCUUUGUCGAGUCUUUUUCUCGAAAGGCGAUAGGCCGCGAAGCGUUUCAGGGCGCUGCGUCUCGGCCUCCUUCGAACGCGUUUCUUCACUCAUCUGAAGUUCUCGCUGGAAAGCAAGCGCGCCUCAUCGAUGCUCAAGCCCGGCCGUCGCCGGGAUCGUUUUUCCAUCUUCGGCCUUCGUUUCCAGCUCGAACUCUCUUGGCAGGUGAAGAAAGCAGACAGGAAGAGGAGACUUCUGCUGCGUCUUCAGGAUCACUGUCUGGUUGCUCGACCGUCGCUUCUGUCCCCUCUCGACCGCCGACAGGCUUGCGAGACAGCUGUGAAGCCGCGCACCGGGAAGACCAGGAAAGUCCAAAAGCUCGCAGAAAGCAGAGCGGGAGGGGGCAACACCUGAAGAGUGAAAUGGAAGAACGAAGUGCCAUCAAGAGGGAAGAGCGGAGAAAUUCCGAGCGGAAGGUCAUUUACGACGCCUCCUCUCGGCGUCCUCUGUCGGCGGGAGUGAGCAUCCAGCAAGCUCCGGAGCGACGAAGGCAGAGUGGAGACACCUGCACUGUUCCGAAAGGAGAAAAAGACGACAAUUUCGUCAACAUUGCCUCUUUUCCCUCACCGUGGGUCGACGAAGACAACCAUGCGAAGCACAGAAACCGUCCUGUUCUGGACAGUUCGGCGAAGAGAGACCGGGAGGGGAGGGGGCCGCCGAGCGCGGCAGACGGCCUGUCUCUCCCACCGAGUGUGUGGGCCAUCGAGGCGGCUAGUGACGCGUACCGGAAGGAACUGCGAAUUCGGGCACAUGCAGCUCGACAACGAAUAAAGAAAGAAGACGCGUCUGCGCUGCUUGUCCACAAUCCGCCGUCGCAUGCGCCCUCAGCAGACCUUUACGGCUCUCUCCAGGAGGAUCAGGUUUAUGAGUGCCCUUUUGGAGCCUUCGCGCAUGCGGAAAAGCUGCAGGACGGGGCGAGUGAGAUCGAGGAGGAGCCGAGCGAGCAAGUCGACAAAGCAGAGGAGGCGACAGCCGGAGGGCGCCACUACCUUGCUGUUCAAAGGUCCACAGGUGUCACUCCAGAUCCAUCGGUCCACAAAGAGGAAGAACCAGUACCUGAAGAACUGCCUAGAACGCUCGUCAUAAGAAGCAGCCCAAGGCCCGAAGGGGCAAAGUUCCCGCGCGCAGAAGAGGCCUCAGGUCUCGAAACUAAGCCGAACAAGCCGCGCGAAGACCACUCUGCGAAGAGCAGGGAAGGCGCAAAACCUAGGCCGCGAUACGCGAGUCUCUUUCCAGCUUCUCACUUGUGUAACAGACCUCGUCAACAAAGACAGCCAGCUGUGCGCGAGACGUCGCCGUCUCCGCGCGGGACGUCGAAAGAGCCUCUCUUCUCUAAACGGCACCAGGCGUUUCUGAAGCCCCUCAUUGAUCCUCGAGACUGCUGGCCGUCGACUCGGCCUCUCCACGUCUCCGACCAAACAUGCAACGCGCGUCCCUUAUUCAGGGAGCCGCGGAGUCCGUUUGCGUCGCCGUUUCUCCCCGUCGUAGGCCAAGACGGCAGCACCAAGAUCGUGCAUACUGCGCCGGAGCAGCGAGCAGCCCGACGUGGAGAGAAUAUCUCAGGAGUAACUCUUCACGGUUUUCGUCCAGCUCCUCGGGAGGGAGGUCUCUUAGCCGUGUCAGGGUGUUUCUCGCCUCCGCCUCGCUCGGCCGCUUCCGAGUUUCCAUCCCGCCGGGUGGACCAGUGGAACGAAAAAAGCGCGGCGUGGGCUCCAGAUUCGCCUCUCGGGAGCGUCGGGGUGCGGCGGUCUCUGCCCUUCCCAGGCGCGGCGGGGAUGCCCUCGCCUACGCCGAGAACUCGAGGUUCAGACUCGCCGUCUCCCGCGUUGUCGCCUGCCUUGUCUUCUGCCGCUCGGCUCCUCGAGGUCGACAGACAAAUGAAGCGCGAGGAAAGAUCGACGUCACCGAGUCUGGCGACUGCCGUCUUCGGCGGCAUGGCCAUAAAGAGCCGACGGAUGGAUGCUGAGCCGCCCGAGUGGAACGACGAAGAACGAGGAAGACGCCAACGCCUUCAGAAACUUCGACUAGAAGAAGAGGUCGAGGAACUCCGAGCGAAACAGGCGCGUGUGUCGAAGGACGCGCACGAAGCCACUCAGCUCAAAACUCAAGUCCAGGAAGAGCGGACGCGUGCACAAAACCUCAUUCUCCUUUAUCACGCUGAACAGAAGAAGGCUUCCGAGCUCCAUGAUCGUGUGCAGGCAAUGGUUCAAGAGCUCCAGGCAACGCGUUCGGAGUUGAAGACGGCACAGCGAGCUCUGGAAGAGGCGACGAAGGCCCGGCAGUCCGAGAAGAGAGCGGCGAAUCUUCGGUGUGAGCACGAGAAAGUCGAAAGCCACAAAGGGGUCGAGAAAGUCAGAACUUGCGAACUCCCCCGCAGAAGCGCUUCCCCCGAUCGUGUGUUCGCCGACCGUAGAAUCGUGGAGAAUGCGCUCAAGUAUACAAAGAGAGACCCCAGCCCCUCAUCGACCUGCGACAGCGAAGAAAGCAGUCGGUGGGUCGUCCACGAGAACAUGACCGCUCGGCGGGUGUCCACGGCCAGUUCGCAUUGCGGUCGAGGUUCCCGACAUCCUCGUCCUUCUCUCGAUACAGAAAGCGACAACGGUUUUCCGCAAGAGACACGACAGACAUGUAAAGCGAAGGUCGUGGAGUUCAACGACAACCUUCCGACAACGACGUUCGCGCACCGGCCUUCCUCGGCGUCGCUUCUUGGCCUCACAUUCUCCGGGUCACCUCCGCCUUCUCCGGCCCACAUUUCUUCACAUCGCAUGUCUGUCGCUUCUCCCCCACCGUCGAUUUCGAAGAGUCGCCUCCUGCUUCCUCGUACGGCCUACUCUCCCGUCGGGGUGUCUCCUGCACAUCUGGGAGCUCGCCAGCGCGAGCCUGGAGAAGGACGCCUUUCUCAAAAAGAAGGCGCAGGCCUCGACUCCAGUUUCCACAGCUGCGCUGGUCCCCAGACGGAGCGCGUGUCUCCUCCGCCCGCCGUCCUUUCUCCCGAUGCCCCUCGGCUUUCCGAGGAGGCGCACAGACGCGAGAAUCUGUCCCCGAGGUCGCUGUACUUCGCCAUGACGAGUGGCGACACCAGUGUGCCUGUCUGGUCGGGUCCGUCUGUCGAUUCGCCGCGCUCGCGACCCCCGUUAGAAGAGCCAAGAGAGCUCUGCCGGGUUCGCCGGGCCUCGGAAAUGACCAUCCAUGCCCCCCGAGGGGACACUCGCGAUUUUCGCUCUUUUGAGGCGGACAGUGUGGAGGCGCGCCUGAAACGCGAGCUGGCUGAGGCAGAUCGUCGGAGUUUCGGACUGUCCUCUCAACAGUUUGAAGAACUUCUUCAGACGCUGACGGGAGUGGGCGAGUUGCUGAAGCCUCUCGCAUAUGCAGCCACGCACAAAGGGUCCACUGGGGCGCCCGUCUUGGAUGUGCCAGCAGUCCUGGAGAAGCUUCGAGCGUCUGCGCAUCUGCACCCAGAGCUCAGUCGCCUGUACAGGGACCUGGCUCGACUCUGCACGUCGUCGCCUCCUGAGUCUCGCGAGCAAGAGCCUAUGUCUUGGGGCUUGUCGGCGAGAAGAGAAACGCCGCGAGGCGACGAGCGCGAACAGGAAGACGCUGCCUUCAGGGAGCCAGUCGGCGAGGCUGAUCGGGUGCCAGCCGCUGAGCGGCGCCACCGGAAAGCCAAGAAAUGGGACAUUGGCGGAGAAGACAUUCUGUGGAUGAAGCGAGAAGAAGAAACCGACCUCGCAAGGGAACUCAGAAAAAGCUACGAAGAACUGUGGCUCCAACCGCACAUGAAACCAGACAUCAUCGCAGAUCGCGCAGAACGCGAAAAGCGAGAACGGCGCCGGCAAAGGCGCAUGCAGGAACGAGCAAAGAAGCGCCACGGCCUCCACAUCGGCGUCUCUUUCUCAGAACCGGAAAAGACGGCACGAGGCCUCCAGGACGAUGACAACUGUCCUGAUCUCCUUGCAGACUUGCCUGCGCAGCACAAAUCCAGGAAAACGUGGAAAACUGCGCCAGUUAUUAGCGAGUCCGAAGUUCUUCUCUUUGGGGCAACCCCUGUCGUGCUUCCUACGGAGAAACGUCGGAAAAAAAGGCACGCUUCUUCCGAUGAUUCUGACUCGGACGCUUCGACGAUGUCAGCGGAUUCUCGGGACUACCGUUCGGCGAGCAAGCAUUCGCGGCCUUCCUGCCCUUCUGGCGUUUCUUCUCGUCUUUCUUCUGGAAAGGACCGGUAUGGUCUUCCAGGCUCGACUUCUCCGGCCGCGCUCGGCGCCUCAGCUUCUCGCUUUGGUGCGCCAGCGAAAAAGGGUCCUUUCUCGUUCACGGAUCCCGAUCGGUUUCAGCGCGUCUUGCGGGCGCUGUCUCAGGAGAAGCGGAGACAGACGGCGCCAGCCAGUGGAUCCCAAAGUCGCUGGCACUCGCUCGGGGAGACGCCGACUCCGUGGGCUCCAGCGCGGGGCGCCCCGACGGCGCGGCCUCUUGCCCUCCCGAAGCAAACUCUUUUGAGGGACGUGGAAGAGUUCACUGACUUCACCUCGUCUGACUCUUCGUCGCUGCUGGCGCGGAGGCGCCGCAGACGCGCGCGCGACGCGAAGGAGUGCGAGAGGCGCAGCCGAGGGACUCGCGACGAGUCUGACGACGUGCGAGACCGGGGACACGGUAAAGAGCACUUGAGAGAACGGGAGCGGGAAGCGGAGAAACGCCGCAGCGUGCGUCGAGACUUGGGGUCGAAACGCGAGGAGGAAAGACGGAGGGAGAAAGACGCUUCGUCGGAGAGGCGCCGGGUCUCCGUCGAUCGCGACGCAACCCACAGACGACGCGGAUCUGCGGAUGAUGACUCCUUGGAGAGAACAAAGCGACGAAGGGAGCGAGAAAAAAAAGAGAAGCGGGCGUCCUCAAGUAGUAAAGGUUUGGGCGACGUCUCGGAAAGUCAUCGAAGACGGUCGGAAGGUGCCAGCGAAAAGAAAAAGACCGACGGUGCCGCGAAAACGGAGCAGAACGCUCAGCCUGUGAGCGGACUGAAGAAAACCAGCGCGGCGUCGUCGGAGGUCCCCACUGUUCCUGUGGGCAAAGGUGUCCUCGAUUAUUCACCGCAGAAUGCACAGGCGAAAGCAGAGGCUCCGAAAAAAAAUGACAGUCUUCAACUGCCAAAGAAAGAAGCUGCAUCCGCCGCGGCCAAGCCAGGAGGUCCUUCCGAAGACGGCAAGAAGAGCGAGAGCGCUCCUUCGUGCUUGAAAGCGAAGAGCGAAGGAGAGAAGAAGGAGAAGGAAGACACCAAGGCUUCGCCUUCGGGCAAAGAGGCAGUUAGCGCCAAGCAAGGCGGCGGGAGUUUGUCCGAGAAAGCGGCAGAGACGGAAGCAAAGAAAGAAGAGGCAAAGAAAGAAGAUGCAAAGAAAGAAGAGGCAAAGAAAGAAGAUGCAUCCGCCGCGGCCAAGCCAGGAGGUCCUUCCGAAGACGGCAAGAAGAGCGAGAGCGCUCCUUCGUGCUUGAAAGCGACGAAUGAAGGAGAGAAGAAGGAGAAGGAAGACACCAAGGCUUCGCCUUCGGGCAAAGAGGCAGUUAGCGCUAAGCAAGGCGGCGGGAGUUUGUCCGAGAAAGCGGCAGAGACGGAAGCAAAGAAAGAAGAGGCGAAAAUGCCGUCAAAAAAAGCAGAAGCCGACGGCAAGGCAGCGCCCGUGAAAAAGGAGGAAGGGAAACAAGAAGGAAGCAAGGCACCUACCAAAGCGUCUGACCCAAAGCAGAACCCAGAAGCGGCAGGAGCCCAGACAGCGAAAAUGGGUCUCAGUGGCGCUCCGAAGCUGGCCCCGACAAUACACAUCGCGUGUCUCCAAGAGUUGGUUCCCCUCGACGGCAAAGAACAGGCAGACCGUAAAUUCGUCGUUGUCAUCCACAACGAGGGCGAACAAGCCCUCGAACUGAUGAAAGCCAAGAAGGGCAUUAUCACGGAAGAGCAUGCUACUCGUCUCGAACCGAAUCCCAACUCCCUCCAACUCGCCAACAUAGAGGAGCAGCUAACCCUCGACAAAGUCGACCUUGGAAAGCCAAUCGUUGUGACCGCGGUCGAACUGGCCGCAGAAGGCCCCAAGAUCUUCGCAGCAAGCAAGCCAGUGAUCAUCGAUAAGUUGCGCGACGAAUCAAUGCUGCAACUCGACACUGUGGACAAGGAGUCGAAGAAGUGUGUGAAAGCGGGAGCAAUGCGUUUCACUUUGGGAUCAGAACAGAAUGGCGGCCCGAAAGCAUCUGAGAAGGCUGUGGCGACGAAGAAGGAGAAUGGCAAGAGUUCCGGAGAAGCCAAAAACAGUUCAACGCAAAAGGCUCCUGAAACGAACGAGAAAAAGGUUCCGAGUCCUGCCUCCAAGGCUGGUGCCCAGACGAAGAAGGGUGACCCUCUUCCGGCAGAUAAGAAAGAGGGUACUGGAGUGUCUGAAACGAAAAAGGCGGACGGAGUCACGACAGUUGCAGAAGGAAAGAAGGCAGGGCAGCCAAAGAAAGCCGGUCCCCCAGCAGCAAAAGGAAAAGACGGACCAAAGCAAGCGUCAGGAGCGGCAAAAACAACGAAGCCGCCGCAAGCCAAACCGGCGGCCGGUACCGUGAAGAAAGCGUCUCCUAGUGCACCGCAACGCAAGAAGCUAAUACCGAGGCAACCUCCUCCUCCAGUGGCAAAAGUGUCGGCGGCUCCGAAGACCUAGGGCAACAUGGAGAAGAUCGUACCACCAGGACGCCGCGAAGUUGUUUUUGUUGAACGACAUGAUUCGCGUUUGGCAGUCGAAAGCAAGGGCGAUCUUAACGGAGGACUGUCGCCUAAUUACAGACACGCGGACAGUCAAGGAGAAGUUGUUCAUCGUGCGGUGGGCCCGCUGUGAGAAUUGUAGAAGUCUACGAGGGUUGCAUACCUUUCUCCCCAUUUUUCCGAGGGUCGCAAAGCUCCUAUGUUUAUCUGAAUCACACUGUGGUUAUCUGUUUCGUCAUCCCGAACAUGAGCCACGCGUACUGUGGCACUACAACAUAACACCAGUACACCAACCUUGUUGUCCCCACAUUAGACGAAGCUGGAAUGGUGUCGGUAGAUGUGAAAAAGUAGGUGUUUGCUAUUUGGUGUCCGUCAAAAGAAACGGCUGUCGUGGUGAAAUGUGAAGCGAGAGGUGAGCCUGAGGCUGAAUCUUGGUCAACACCCAUGUUGCACCGAAAUGGACUAUUUUGGUACUCAUGUAGAAAGCGGGGUCCGGAAACUGGGCAAAAGCUUUCUUCGCCACAUGUGUGUCAGCCACAGUGAAUAGGUAUGACUGCUCAGUGGUGGCAGCGCGGAAGGGAAACAGUCACUCAUUCAGUGGAAUUCACGACCGAAGGCGAAAGGCUGGAUCAACAUGUACCAUUUCUCUCGAUAGGCUGUCUCUCGCCAAACAUCGAAACAUAUGUAGAGUGCGACGGAACAUCCUGCCGUGAAAACAUCCGCAAGUCAACGUCGGAGCAUUCACCCGCUUUGAAUAUACCGGUUCAUAGCGAAUGAGGUUGGCUUCGGGCUCGCACUCCCAACACAUGUCAUAAAAACCCGUAGAAUGUACAGUGAAUUGCCUCCGUGGCAAGCCAUCCAAACAGUUGGGCACUGGUAAAACGUAUGUUCGCAGUGGACAAAUACACAACUGGAAUAUGCCAAUGACCAACGCACGUUGCUCGAUUCUUCAGGAAAGAACGACUGAUCAUCCUCGGCCCUAAUCUCUUCUAUUACGGUGGGCUGGGCACUUGUUCUCCUUAAUAUGGAGCCGGACCUUUGGUGGAUUCCUCGGGUAUGAUUGCUCUCGAAACCACGGAGAGCAUAGUGCCCUGUCGCUUUAAAAUCAAUUGUUUUGAUUGAUGCAUUUUAAGUUUUAAAAUGUCACUGCCAGUGUGGUAGCGACCUUACCGUUUUUUAGUCUCGCGUCGAAGUGGUCAUGCAUCAGUGUCAAUGACUGUCAGAGACAAACGUUAAAGAUACGCUGUUACCCACUUCUGAUGGCACUGUCUUAGCUACCGUGCAAGCCUCUCUUGGGCUGGAUGGAGUAGACGGCGCGUUGACUGUCGUGAGUCGCAGAUGCUUUAUUACGGUGGACCGUGUUAUUAGCUUCGUUGUCGUCAGCAGGCAUGUUUCUCAACAGCAGCUAAGCUCUUAUCUUCCACCUUUUCUCAGCUCUCGCUUGGUGUGACAAAGACAUGGCGUUUGGAGUACGCACACAUUCAGUGGCAUCCGAUCUUGGGGGCUACCUUCAUCCCUCUGGAAUCCUGAUUUAUGGAGGCUGUAGCGAAACCGCCUACCGCAGAAGUAACAUGGCGGCAGGUGCAACCGGUUCGAUCGCACGAUUUAUUGUGAAUGUUCAACACCCGGCUGGUCGAUUUCCCGUCGCAUUAUUUCCUGAAACCUGAGCUGUGGGGAGCCAAAAUAGGGGCAUCACAACCGUCUGCUGGAGGAAGCCGGCACCUCCCUGACAGCGUCGCACGGGUGGAUGGCCCUGGUAAAGCGGUGCAGACGGCGAAAUUCUGUCAAGAUCAGAUUCAUCAAAUCUGUGUUACGCGCUCCUUCCAUAUUCUAUUGGUGGAACCGUGUUCGGAAAAACCUAUUUUAGACCGAUGCAGUAGAUCGGGGGGUCGAAGUGACCGUCUGAGGCAUCCCCCAGCCCACAAUGUGCCGUAAUGCUCUUCUCUUACACGAUUUGCAGCGCAUGUUGCAGCCUCCCACAUUCCCUCUGCACAACGCAGCAUUUGAGAUAGUCAAUUCUGUUGUCUCUCUGCGCUACUUUAAGUAUCAACGGGUGGUGCAGAAUUUUUCAUGUUCAGCUGCGUCUUGGGGGUCCCCCGUUCUUCAACACUGGGUCAGAGGGGGGCCGUAAACGUCUGGUAGUGUUAAACCGAUGGCUCCACGACAGCUAUAUUCAAAUCUAACCGCAAUUUUGCUGCGGUCCCGCAUUCGUUGUCGUGUCUUCGCUGUCUCUGGGAAUCGGGAGUUCAUCCCACAUUGGUCACAUACACUCAACAAUGGGCGAACGUCCGCCGAAAUCACGAGUUUUACCGCAGAAACAUUUUUCCACACACAGGGGCUGAUUGAGGAUAAUGGUCUCGCGUAACUCCGGUCAUGAGAAUAAAGCCGAUCAUGUGGGAGUGAGCUCGAGCAGCGCGACACGUGAGCAAGUAGGUGAGAGAGGCCUGGGGUAUGUAUGUGUGAGAUGGAGUGGUACCAUUCAGACAGGGGACAGCCAGACUGGUGGAAAGCGUACCUCGCGUAGGUGGGAAAGUUGCGUUGCGACGAGUACCAAGAGCAACAGCCCAGGGGACCCUCCGCAGCAUUGUCGUAUGCGCGGUCAGACUUUUUCUCUACCAAGCCUGCUUUUUGGCAGACGCAACCACCGACAUGGACAAAAGUCCCGAUGUUUGGUCCCUAGCUACGUUGCUAACAUGAGAAAGUAUCCAACGGCAGCCGGUCGCAUUUUGCCGCUUGCCAAUCAGUGAGUGCAUCUUCCACGCUGUCUGCGCUCUCAAAAACGCAAGAUUCAGUUCUAUGUUGUAACAUUCGGCGUAGUCAGCUUGCAACCUAAUUGGUAUCGGGGCUGCAUGCCAGUUUCCGCGUGUUAUCUUCAGAAAAGGAUAUGCCACUGAGUGGACAAGAUGUCCCUGAAUGCCAGGUCAUCGUACUGGAAUGUUCCUGGCCGCAGUACAGAGGCCUGGUGGUCUGUGAUAGCUUUCGGUCACAGGUGCUGCUUCACAUGGCACAAACUUCCACCAUUUUUUCGUCUAUAUUUCGUACGCAAGAGCAGACUGCUAGCAAUUUUUCCAUACAGCAACCCCAUGUUUGUGC